AUGACAGAUAAUGUCACUGGCCAGAUUAAAAACCCGUUGGUGGGUAUCCCAAAGGAUCAACUUCUUGCAGAUGUUGAGCAGUACGCGGCCGACCAUGACCUUAGCGACAUCGUUACUCUGCUGAAGAAAGGAGCACUUGUGGCACAACACCCUGUCAACUAUGCGCAUAUCCCUGAACUUGACGAUGAGGAUCGCCGGAUCUUGGGCGAAGAAGUCACGCACCGCUGGAAGCAUCCCUUCAAGCUUUAUUACACUAUUAUCCUGAACUCCAUCGCCGCCGCCGUCCAGGGUUGGGAUCAAACAGGCUCGAAUGGUGCAAACCUCACUUUUCAAUCCCAGUUCAAUAUCAAUGACAGUGCCCCCGAAUGCGGUGACAAUUGCAGCAGGAACACAUGGAUUGUCGGGUUCAUUAACGCCACUCCCUAUAUCAUCAUCUGUCUGCUGGCUGGCUGGCUUUCCGAUCCUCUCAAUCAUCGAAUCGGCCGUAGAGGGACGAUUUUCUUCGCCGCCAUCUUCAGUCUUCUCGCCCCUAUCGGAUCCGCAUGCACGCAGACCUGGGGCCAACUCGUGGCCUGUCGAAUGCUUCUUGGUCUUGGCAUGGGUCUGAAGGAGGUCACAGUCCCUGUGUAUUCAGCAGAGAACGCGCCGACAAACAUCAGAGGAGGCCUGGUUAUGUCGUGGCAGCUUUGGACGGCCUGUGGGAUCUUUUUGGGAACGUGUGCCAACCUGGCCGUCGCCAACACCGGGAGUCUCUCCUGGAGGCUGCAACUGGGAUCCGCCUUCAUCCCGGCAGUGCCACUUCUCCUCGGUGUCUGGUUCUGUCCGGAGUCUCCCCGAUGGCUGAUGACACGGAAAACGCACAAGCAGGCGUACCAGUCCCUGCUCCAGCUACGAAACACCCCGCUGCAGGCCGCCAGAGACCUGUACUACAUCCACGCACAGCUGGUCAUGGAGAAGCAGAUGCUGGAGGACUCCGGAUUCGCCAAGACUGAUAACAUGUUCGCCCGGUUUAUUGAACUGUUCACGGUCCCUCGAUUGCGCCGUGCGACACAGGCGUCGGGUAUCGUCAUGAUUGCUCAGCAGAUGUGUGGCAUCAACAUCAUCUCGUUCUAUUCCUCGACGAUCUUCUCCGACGCCGGGGCGUCCAACAUCGGGGCCCUACUUGCCACCUGGGGCUUUGGUCUUGUCAAUUUCCUCUUUGCAUGGCCAGCCGUCUGGACCAUUGACACCUUCGGCCGGCGUGGGCUGCUUCUCUUCACCUUCCCAAACAUGUGCUGGUCAUUGCUUGCCGCGGGCUUUUGCUUCUGGAUCCCGUCGAGCAACAAGGAAGGCCAUCUGGGUGGAAUCGCUUUCUUUGUCUACGUCUUCUGCGCCUUUUACUCACCUGGCGAAGGCCCUGUCCCGUUCACCUAUUCCGCCGAGGUUUUCCCCCUGUCUCACCGUGAGGUGGGGAUGGCGUGGGCCGUGGCCACGAACAAUUUCUGGGCUGCAAUCUUAUCCCUGAGCUUUCCAUACAUCCUAUCAUCCUUCAAGGCCCAGGGUGCCUUUGGGUUCUAUGCUGGUCUGAAUCUCGUGGCUUUUGCCUUGAUCUUCUUCUUCCUACCGGAGACCAAACAGCGCUCGCUGGAAGAACUAGAUUAUGUGUUUGGCGUGCCCACCCGCACCCACGCCAAGUAUCAGCUCACCAAAGUGGCCCCCUGGUGGUUCCGGCGAUACGUUCUCAUGCGCAAGGAUGCGGUGUGUCCAGAACUAUACACCAAGUAUCGUGAUGAGGACGAGAACGACGGUACUGGCGUCUCUGCCAAGGCUGAAGCAGCAAUCGAAGAGCACCACCAGGAGGUGGUAUAA